UUUUCUUUUUCACGCGCGUUAGAAAUUUUGUUGAGCUGCUUUUUUCGGGGCAGAAUUGGUUUGUCACAUGUAAAAAAGAGAGGCAAUAUGGAGUGGAUGGUGGCUGCUUUCUUCUUUUGGAUUCUCCAACAACUUGCUAAGAGCCAUCCACUGACAAAGCCAUUUACAUUGAAACCCUUCGAAAAAUUAAAAUCUCCUAUAGAUAUUGUAUAUCCAAAACUCCACCUCUCUUCUCACCGGAAAAAGCGCUCUAUAAGACUGGACGAUCAUUCUUUGUUGGUCCUGAAGACAACAAAUGAUACUUUUUACAUCAAAUUGAAGCCUAACGACGACUUAAUGGAUCAUAAUCGCUUGCAAACUUCUGAUGACCAAGUGCCCCGAAAGAAAUCUUGUCACUAUCAUGGAACAGUUCUGUCUCAUGCACAAGGCACUGCUGCUAUUUCUGUAUGUGGCCCUCAAAAUAAGCUGUCUGGAGUCAUAGUAACCGGCAACAACGCAUACAUUUUGCGUCCACUGGACCAUCUCGAACAGGAAGACAUUCCGGAACUUCUCAAGAAUGCAUCGCAUAUUCAGAAAGGAGCCCAUAUCAUGAUGAAAAUGGAGAAUCCGAUGGAACAAUAUUGUGGAGGACAACACAAAGAUGCAUCAGUUCAUAUAUCGGAGAGCGAAUCAUUUACAAAGCAGAGAGUGAAAAGAUCCGUUCCGGAUAAACGAAAGGUGAUCGAGACGGCCAUCUAUGUGGAUUAUCCGUUAUAUCACAAACUGAGCGUGAAAAAGAAGCAAAGCGUGGAAGAAAUGCAAGAUACAGUUUUGGCUAUUCUCAACGAGGUGCAGCUUAUUUAUAACUACCAAUCGCUGAAAACCAAGUUCAAGAUCGUUGUAGUGAAACUUGAAAUAUUGUCUGAAGGAAAGGAAGGUCCUGAUGCAGCAGAUGGUGAUAUCGAUUUGUAUCUGGAUAAUUUCUGUUCGUGGCAAUCGGCGAAGAAUCCUCCUGUCAAUUCGGAAUUACACUGGGAUCAUGCUCUUAUGCUUUCAGGUUACGAUCUCCACAAAUUAACACCAGGAAACGAGAAGAACAAGAAGGUUUUAGGUUUGGCAUGGGUGAAUGGAAUGUGUCGUCCGAAGCACAGCUGCACACUGAAUGAAGGUUCCAGCUUCGAAGCUGCAUUUGUCAUAGCGCAUGAAAUGGGGCACAGCCUAGGAAUGAUGCACGAUGGCCGAGGGAAUGAUUGCGAUCCCAGCGCUUAUCUCAUGUCCGAAAAGACCGGACCUGGCAGGAUCACCUGGUCCACUUGCAGCAACGAUUAUCUCGACAGAUUCUUUCAGAAAGGUUACGGGUCAUGUUUAGAUGACGACAGCUCCUACACGCUGGAGAGCAUAAACCACCCGUUUGAUGACAAACUGCCAGGACAAAGAUUUGAUUUGGAAGCGCAGUGUAAAUUGUCACUGGGAGAUGAAUUCAAGCCUCACGUUGUACCCAAGACUCCAUUCAAUAACGUGUGUCGUGAACUAUGGUGCGUGUCAGGUUUGUGGGCAUCAGUAGCCCAUCCUGCUCUCGAAGGCAGCUCUUGUGGAACUGGAAAACACUGCAUUCAAGGAAAAUGUAAAGACGCAACAAUCGUCUCAUCGUCACCUUCUAACGCCGAGAUAGUGGAAGAUAUGAAAGGGGCCGUGGCGGAAUUUUUGGACAAACUGAAAUCAGCAUUCCACCUUCUAGUAUCUUGAAAAUCACCGAGCUUAUAGUUUUUAGUCAAUAUAAUUUAUCACUUUUAUACCUUCACGAUGUCUUUCAAUAAAUCACCAACUAUUUUUUAUGUA